CUUCCGUACAAUGCCGUAUGACACGGCCCCUUCAUAUAAGUAACCCAACCCCAUACGAAACCCACGCGGUUUUUACUUUUCUUCCGUGAAUCUCUUCCAUCGCCUCCAUCGCCUCUUCUUCUUCAUCAUCCUCUCCUCACUCUCUCACAUUUUUUUUUUACUUUUUUUCUUUUGCUUCCAUGGUCUUGUAGACCGUGGUUUUUGGAAUCGAUCAGGAAGUUUGUUUGGCCACAGGUCUCCAUCCCGGAGCGUAUAAAACUCAAGUUGGAGAUCCAUACAGCACUGUCCAAAUCCUGAAUGGGAUUUCUGGUGACACGUACAGACGAUCCUACUCGUCGUCGCUCCUUUGCUGCGGCUGCUGCUUCUUCUGUUUCAUUCGAAUUGCAAUCGCGGGGAUUCGUCUCACAGGCUAUAAAGGAGUUUGCUUCCUCCUCUUCUUUGAAUUUUCUUUAGCUUCUUCUCUCUCUUUUUUCUUCUUCUUCUCGUGGAGGGGGCUGUGAUUGUGAAGCGAGCGGGGAAGCAAUUGGCCAUUUAAUGGGCAUUCGAAAGACCCGGGCAAGGCAUCACAGCUCUGGGACAGAGACACAGGAAAGAGAAGAGAGAGAGCGAGCGAGUGAGAAAAGAGCUUAAAUGGAGAAAUAUCAUCAUAGCUGGGAUGGAGCUUCUUCUUGAUUAUUAGCUCGUCAAAAAAAAGAAAGGAGAGAGAGAGAGAGAGGAGAGAGAAGACUCAAGCAAGCAAGGAAGAAGAAGAAGUAGCAGAUCUCUUCUUCAAAUUCGGAUAUCUCUCAUGAUCUAGAGUCGAAAUUCUGCAUUUUUCUGGGAAGGGGGAGCUGUGGCAGCUUCUCCAGACAGAUGUUUCAGGAGUGCCAUGAGAAGAAGAGGAGCAUACAACGGUGUGAAAAUGAGGAGCAAGCUGGAACAUCUUCCAAGUGACAAGACAAAAGUCUUAUGGAGAGGAGGCUGAUCAAGAGUGCCAAGGAGGAGGAGCAGCAGCAGCAAGAGGAGCUCGAGAGAAUUCUCCAAACCCUAGGCGGAGCUACAGAAGCUUCUUCAUCUCCAUCGCGGUCUACAGCAACAGCGCUGAUAACUUCUUCUUCUUUCUCUUCCAGUUCUUCCAGUUCUUCCAGCUCUUCCAGCUCUUCGUCGUCCUUGAUCGCUACCGCUAGCGGGAUAGCUGCAUCGGCCGCGCAGCCAGCAGCGCUGAUGGACUCCACGGUUGCAGCAGCGGCUCCCUGGAGCUUCCACUUGGAUCCCGCGAUGGCGGCCAUGGUGGACUCGGCGCAGCUUCUCUACAGUGGCGGCAUCUCGGGCAUCAUGGCCGGCAGCUCCACUGUUCCAGGCAGUAGCAGUAGUGGCGCUGCUGCCGCUGGGAGGCUCUACACCGACUGGAAUUUGGCCGACUUUGACAACGCUGCUACUGCUGCUACUCCUCGAUCCGGAGUGGAAGCGUCGUGGUGGCAGCAAACUUUCCUCUCGCAGCAGCAGCAGCAGCAACAACAGCAGCAGCACCACCAUCGCCACCAAGAACACUUGGAACAAAGCUACAAUCCCGCGGGAUUUUUCUUGGACGACCCAGAUGACGAUCAAGUAGCGGCGGCGUCGAAUCAACAGCAGCUGGAUCUGGCGAGCGCUGGUCAUGCUGCUGCUGCUGCUAGCGCUGGUGUUGCUGCUGCUGCUGCUAGUGGAUCGAUUGCGUCUGGAGGGUCAGGAGGAGGAGAUCAGGCGAUUGGAACUCCCACGUCCUUCACGUCCUCGUCGGGAGCCAGCGAUGGCGACGAGGAGCACAAGGGAAAUGUGGCAUCGUCCGGAGGAUCGCUCAAGCGCAAGGCCGGGUCUUCCGAGGACGCGGAGAAAUCGUCGUCGCUGGAGCCGCAGCCGCAACAACAGGAAGGAAAGAAACCAGCCAAGCCUCCAAAGAAAGGUCCCAAGCGAAACCGCGAGCCUCGCUACGCUCUCCAGACGCGCAGCGACGUGGAUAUCAUGGACGAUGGAUUUCGGUGGCGAAAGUACGGGCAAAAGGCCGUCAAGAACAGCCCCCAUCCAAGGUACGUGAGCAAAAAAACUGGAUUUUUCUUCCGAUCGAUCACCAAGUUUUCUUUCUUCUCUCGCAGGAGCUACUACCGCUGCACCAACAGCAAGUGUCCAGUGAAGAAGCGAGUGGAGCGUUCCUGCGAGGACCCCGGAAUUGUUAUCACCACUUACGAAGGUACUCACACUCACCACAGUCCGGCGACGCUGAGGAGUUUGACGGAAGUUGGAGGCGGCGGAGGCGGAGGAGGUGCUGGAGCUGUGAAUCCUUUCGGCAGCCAGCGCCCCGGAUCGUUCACGCAGGCGCUGUACCAGACUAUGCCUCACUUGCAAAUGCAGCAGCAGCAAUCGCUUCUCUCUGGCCUCGGAGCUAGAGGUGCCAGCUUCAAUUUUCCAUCGGCUCGAGCGCAAAGCCAGCAGCAGCAGCAGCAGCAAUUCCUCCAGCAGCAAAGCCAGCUUCUCCAGCAGCAGCGGCAGCACCAGCGAAGCCAGCAGGAUCAGCAACAGCUUCUACAGCAGCACCAACAGCAAAGCCGGCAAGUAGGCCAAAGCCAGACUUUCACGGACGAAGGCCUGCUAGAAGAUAUGGUUCCUCCUGGUAUGCGGAAAUGAAAAUUGGAAACUUACCUCGAUAGCAGGACCAUCUCGAAAGAGCCAGGAGGUCGGUGUUUAAGUCUGGCCAAGCGAAGAAAGGUCCAGUUUUGCGCGUUCUACUGCAGCACCGAAAGGAGAAAAAGAAACGUACACAUGAAUUAGCAAAUAACUUCCACGGCCCAGCGCAUUUUGAGACAAGGUACCUGGUUCUGGGCCGCUACUAACACCUUCAGAUGGAGCUCUUGUCACAAGGCACCAUUUUUUUUGCUCGACGAUCCAAGAGGCUUAAACAUUUCCUCUCGCGCAGGCCUUUUCCGUUCUCCUUGUUCCGAUAUAAUUUGUUAUAUCAAGCCGCGGGGGGAAGAGAUGCUGCUUCGUAGUGUUACAUUCAUUCCAUCUGUGUAGCUCGCAAUAAAACUUUUGGUCACUUUCACCAUA